GCUCGUCGCUUUUUCUCAUAGCUCGCGCUCGCUGUGCAGUAGUCGUCGGCGGCUGCGCGUACAUUUGUUAUGUUAUGGAGAAGCCCCGGAGAGUUUAGGCCCCAGUUGUUUUUUGCGCACGUCCUACAUUCGGACUCCUCUUCAGCGCGACCUGGAUUCACCAGCCCGACCAGCAGUGCACUGAGAAAUCGUCGCCGGGAAGAGGAAGCUCCAAGCCGAGGUCGAGCGUCUCCCCGGGAGUUUGUGCGCGUUUUCCGUCUUCAAUCGAUCUUUCGACGAGAGAGAACGUAACCUCCAAGGAAGCUUGUGUGUAUAUUUUUUGUAAAUUUGAGUCUAGUCGACUCGUUUGAGUAGCUCUAGUGGUGGACUGAUGGAGACCCUGGCUUGGUGGCUCGUCUGAGACCUGUGAAGGCUUCGACGGAUGCUACUUGCUCGGGGGGACUCCGGAUUGACAGCAUCCAGCACCAGCAGGAUGAGAUAGAAAGUGUACGGAGAAGGAUUAGUCUCAGAGAUAAUGGAACUCGAGGGCGAUAGCUUGCUGCCUAUUACAGACGAGCAGGAGACUGUCUCCAUGGAGUUGAAUACAUCAGCUGGGAUGGAUCUACUGAGCCAGUGCCAGACUCAUGAGGUGGAAGGCGCUGUGAUAAUUUACGACACUGAGUCACAAGAAAUGGCAGAAGAAGAUAAAAGCUCAGAGGAUCCAGAUAAUUUUAUUACUCUUCAUGCAUCUACAGAUGCAAAAAGUGAGGUCCAAGAAGAAGCAGCUAGCGCUGAAAACUUGGAUGAGGCUGAUAAUGAGACAGACGACGACGAAACCAUUGCAACUUUUGUGACAUCUACAGGUCAACAACUAGCUCUAUAUGCUGUUGAAGAUUCAGAUGAAAUAUUUGCAGUAGCUUUAUAUGAUGAAUCUGGAGAGCCGCCAACAAAUUUCCACUUUCUCAUGAAGGCGGAUGUUGAAAGAUUAAUCGGAGAAGGUGCUGUAAAGACUGUAAAAAAGCCACAAGCACAACCUAAUAGGGAAUCAAAACCAGCUGAGAAAAAAGAAGAGAUUAAGUUUGAAAGGCUUUCAGAUCUUCAAGCUAAAGCGGAAAAAGAAGAGGCAGCAGCGAUACAGUUAAAAAAGGUCCAAGAAAUGCAAAAUGAGAAGAAAAGAGAGGAAGCAGCAGCUGCAGCAGCUGCGGCAGCAGCAGCAACAGCAGCAGCAGUACAGUUAAAGACAAUUCAUCUAGUGCAAACUGAGAAAAAAGAAGAGGCAGUAGCAGCUCCAGUGCAGUUAAAGGUCCAUGAAACAAAAGUUGACAUAAAAGAAGAGGUAGCAUCUCCAGCACAGUUAAAAAAGGUUCAUGAAAUGAAACCUGAAAAAAAAGAAGAGACAAUAUCAGGUCCAGCACCAGCUCCAGCACAGUUGAAGAAGGUUCAUGAAAUGAAAACGGAGAAAAAAGAUGUGGUAGGAGCAUCACAGUUAAAGAAGGUUCAUGAUUUAAAAACAGAAAACAAAGAAGAGGCAGCAGCAGCGCAGUUAAAGAAGAUUCAUGAAGUUAAAACUGAGAUUGUUGAAGUACCUGGACCUCAACCCAAAGCGCAGAUUCCUAAGCCGCAAUGUAGGAUAGUUCAAAAAGUAGAGCAAAAGAAAACAGUUGGUACUCCAAAUCGCAAUUUAAUUAAUAGGAAUAUAAACUCACCGAAUGUAUCAACCAUUACAAAAACUACAAAGACUUAUGGAAAUAUAAAAUCACCAAAUGCAUCAACUAUUACAAAAACUUAUGGCAAUAUGAAGACACCUACUGGCACACCGACUAUAACAAGAGUUAUAAAAACCUAUGGUAAUAUAAACACAUCAAGUGGAUCAACCAUUGCGAAAACUACAAAAACUUAUGGAAAUAUAAACGCACCAGGUGUAUCAACAGUUUAUAAAACUACAAAACCUAUUGGCAAUAUAAAUUCGCCAAACGCAUCAACGAUUACAAAAACCACAAAAACUAUUGGAAAUAUUAACUCACCAAGUGCAUCAACCAUUACAAAAACUACAAAAAUCAUCGGAAGUGCCUAUCAACCACGAAUGACACAACCCAAAAAAGAAACUAAAGUUGCCUAUGUCAUUUCAAAUGAUAGUCAAUAUGUAAUAGAUAACGUCCUAGAAGAUCUGGACAGCGAUACGGAAAUAAUAGAAGAAUCCACCGUGCAAUACAUUCUCUGUGAUGGCGACCCUUCAGAUUCUGAAAUGACUUUUGACGAGCUUCAGGCAUCAUUGCAGAGCUUUAAAGCCAAUAAACCCAACGUUAAUCAAACCAAGACUAGCACACCACAAAAGACGGAAAAAAAGAAGGAAACUAUUAUUAGAUAUUCUACGUUCCUUAAGAGUUCUUCCAAAGUUGCUCCAAUAUUGUCUCAGAAAAGGGAGCCAGUAACCACGGUCUAUCGAACCUACUCCAAGAGUCCGAAGAAGGCUCGAAUGACCAACAACCUGCUUCAUCCUAUAAAGAAAAUCAAACAGGAAGUAGAGGAUUCCUCGUACGGUGACACCUCUGCCUUCGACGACGGUCAUCUAUCUUCGGAUGAUCUUUCGAGAAAUACGAGCAAACAGAAUGCCAGCAUGUCUGACACCCCGGGCAUGGCGAAGGUAAAGCGAUCUCGCAAGCAGCAACUGACAAUGGUCAACAGAACUGAUUCGGAGAUUAUUAUCCAGUCGACCUACUCCGAGGGGGAAGAAGAGCCCGUCGUAAUGAAGAAGCGCGGCAGAAGAAGAAAGAAGCUCUCACCCGACCCUGAUUAUAAUCCCCGCAAAGUCCUCAAGAAGGCGAAGAAGGCGAAUCGCUCUGUUGAGGUGAUCGAAAUCGACGUGGAUGAGAGCGAGAGGGCUAGUGGGCAAGACUCGACUCUCGAGGGCAACAAGGGCAAAGGCUCGAGCGACAAGGAAAACGAAACCAUCAGCGUGAACGACUCGGAAGCGGAAGCGGAAGAGGAAGAGGAGCCCAGUGCGCCGAAGAAAGUAAAACAGCCCAUGAUGCAGUGCUCUCAUUGCAAUCGAAACUUUAGAAAGCGUAAGGCACUGGAGAAGCACGUACAGGUCUGUCCAAAGUCGCCGGCGUACAUCCAAAAGCUGGAGGAAAGAAAGAAGCUGGCGGCUCAGAGUGGAAAGAGAUUCAAGUGCAAGUCUUGCGAGGAGACGUUCGACAUCGCCGUUUCGUUGGCCAGACACGUUAGGGUCGUGCACUCUUUGAGGAAGAAAAAGACAAAGACUGAAAGAUCUGAGUCUUCGGAAAGUGAAGAGCAAGAGGAGGAUGUGCCAGAUGAGAGUAUGGAAGAGAGUUCGCCAAAACCAGAAUCAGCACGUAAGAGAAGAGGUCGUCCACCAGCGAAAAAAAGUUUGGCAAACGAGAGUCCAUCUUCGAAUAUUGAGCUGAAGUUGGACAGCUCGACGGAAACUCUACACCAAGAGCCUAAAAGAAGGGGCAGGCCACCAGGUCGAAAGUCCGUUGUGAAAGCUCCCAGGAAACGAAGUAUUUCCAAGGAGAGGUCCUUGUCUCCAGAUUCCGAGGAUGCAGCAGUUUCUUCUGAAUCACUCCCCAAAAAGAGAGGCAAACCGACAAGAUGCAAUCCGUCGAAGGAUGACGAACAGGAGGCUCCGGAAGGAGAAGGUAAGAUCGACAGCUCUACUGAAACGGAGAAAACCUUGGAGUCGACACCACUCAAAAAAGGAACUAAACCAAUGGUUGUUUUAGUUAAUUAUUCGAACGUCGGCAAAUCAAUGAAUUCGGAGGCCGAUGAAAAGUACGAAAGUUCAGACGAGAUGCCAUUAGAAGCUCGCAAGAAAAGAUCGAGCAAAAGGAGCGUCUCGAAAGAUGACAAAUCGGUGAGUUCUGAGGGGGAAAAGAAAAACGACAGUUCAGAUGAGACUAGACCGCUAGAGGCCCGAAAGAAGACUAGAUCAAGCAAGACGAGUGUUUCGAAGGACGAUACUGAAGCUGAAGAGAAAAACUACAGCUCUGACGAAGCGCCACUGGAAGCUCGGAAAAAGGCUAGAACUAGCAAAGCGAGCGUCGCGAAGGAAGACAGUUCGGUGACCGCGGAAGCUGACGAGAAGAAUGAAAGCUUAGACGAGGCGCCUUUGGAGGCUCGAAAGAAGGCCAUAAUGAGCAAACCCAGUACUUCAAAAGAGGAUAGAUCUGUGAGUCCAGAGGUCAAGGAUGAACGAUCCAAAACGGUGGAAGAAAAAUCAAAGGAAGCAAGAUCGGCAACUCCGGAUCCAGAAAAGAAAGAGGAAAAGACGGCAGAAUUGAGUGAAGAACCUAAGGAGGUACCUGCGAAAAAAACUGUUGAAGAGACUGUACAAGAGAACAAAGAGAAACUAAUAACAGAGCCUCUUAAAAAACGCAAACUCAGCAAAGAUGAGUCUACAAAUGUCGACGAUCCUGCCGCCUCCAAAACCGAAGACAAAGUCGAAACUUCAGUGGAAGUUUCAGUGGAACCUUCACGUAAAAAAACUAGAUCGGCUAAGGAGAGUAUUUCAACGGAUGAGGAAUCAGAGAUCCAAAUUGCCAAAGAGAAGUCUGAGGAUAGCGAAGCACCAUCGGAAACCCGGAAAAGAGGUAGACCCAGCAAAGUCAAACUUACAGUGGAAGAGCAGAUGGAAGCUCUAAUGGCAGAAGAUGAGCCUGAAAGUUCAACGGAAAAUCCUACGGAGUCUUGGAAUCGCGGUAAACCCAGCAGAGCCAGAACAUUCGUAGAAGAGGAGUUGGAAGUUCCAGUGGAGGAAGAAAAAGAAAAGCCUGCGAAAGUCUCCGAGCAUUCGGCGGAAAUUCGAAGGAAAAGCAGAUCGAGUAAAGAUGUGCCCUCCGCUAAAGAGGACGAGACGGAGAUUUCAGACUCCAAAGAAAGUACCAGCGAAAGCUCAGAGCAUCCUCGAAAGCAGGUCAGAUAAAGUAAAGAUGUGCCUGCCACCAAAGAUGACGAGCCGGAGAUUCCAGACUCCAAAGAGAGUACUAGCGAAUGCCCGGACAUUUCUCAAAAGCGAGCCAGAUCAAGCAAAGAAAGACUCUCCAAAGACGAUGAAUCGGAGAGUCCUGAUAGGGAGGAGAAGACAGAGAGAGCUAGUGAAACGCCUCGAAGGAGAGGUAGACCCAGCAAAGAAAAAUCAUCGAAGAGCGAAAGCGUCGACGAUUUGGCUACAGAAGUAGAUACUCCUGAUACGGAGGAGAAGACAGAGACAACUAGUGAAACCCCUCGAAGGAGAGGUAGACCCAGCAAAGACAAAUCAUCGAAGAGUGAAAGUGUGGACGAUUCGGCUACAGAAGUAGAGACUCCAGUUACGGAGGAGAAGACCGUGAGCGCUUGUGAAACUACUCGGAGGAGGGGUCGGCCCAGUAAGAACCAAUCAUCCAAGAGCGAAAGCGUCGACGAUUCGGCUAGGGGAGUAGAGACUCCAGCUACGGAGGAGAAGAUCGAGAUCGCUAGUGAAACUCCUCGAAGGAGAGGUCGGCCUAGUAAGGACCAAGCAUCCAAGAGUGAAAGCGUUGACGAUUCGGCUACAGAAGCGGAGACUCCAGCUACGGAGGAGAAGACCGAGGGCGCUAGUGAAACACCUCGAAGAAGAGGUCGGCCCACCAAGGACCAAGCAUCCAAGAGUGAAAGCGUCGACGAUUCGGCCACGGAAGCGGAGACUCCAGCUACGGAAGAGAAGACCGAGAGCGCUAGUGAAACACCUCGAAGAAGAGGUCGGCCCACCAAGGACCAAGCAUCCAAGAGCGAAAGCGUCGACGAUUUGGCCACCGAAGUGGAGACUCCAGUUAUGGAAGAGAAGACCGAGAGCGCUAGUGAAACACCUCGAAGAAGAGGUCGGCCCACCAAGGACCAAGCUUCCAAGAGCGAAAGCGUCGACGAUUCGGCCACGGAAGCGGAGACUCCAGCUACGGAAGAGAAGACCGAGAGCUCUAGUGAAACACCUCGAAGAAGAGGUCGGCCCACCAAGGACCAAGCAUCCAAGAGCGAAAGCGUCGACGAUUUGGCCACAGAAGUGGAGACUCCAGUUAUGGAAGAGAAGACCGAGAGCGCUAGUGAAACACCUCGAAGAAGAGGUCGGCCCACCAAGGACCAAGCUACCAAGAGCGAAAUCGUCGACGAUUCGGCCACGGAAGCGGAGACUCCAGCUACGGAAGAGAAGACCGAGAGCGCUAGUGAAAUACCUCGAAGGAGAGGUCGGCCCACCAAGGACCAAGCAUUCAAGAGCGAAAGCGUCGAUGAUUUGGCCACAGAAGUGGAGAAGAAGGUCGAAAGUCCUGCAACGGAUGACAAGGACAAGGGGAAAACGAAAAAGAAAGUCCCAAGUCCCAGUAGGACAUGGAAAGUAAAGAAACUGAACUGUGAGGAUUGUGGCAAGUGGUUUUCUAGUGCCACCUUGCUGAAGACCCAUCGCCUGCAGCACAGGACUAAGAAAUCUGAUUAGUCUAGUAAGCACGCCGAAGAUAGCGCUGUGUAACAGACUUUCCAAAAUUUAUAACUCGACUGGACGCUGACCGUUGUCCGCUCUGUAGGAAGGCGAUACCUGGCGAUUUGUUCGCUAAGCACAUGGCUACGGUGCACAAGAAGAAGUCACCGACUUUAGUCGGUGCUACGCGGCGACCCGAUGUACGACGUGUUGCCAAAGCCGCAAGAAAACCGCGGAGUGCGAGGACGCUACGUUCCUCGAGUUAAGUGCGGUAGAGAGACUUUUGAAGGCAGUGAUUGUUGCAUGCGAGAUAUGGUUUAUCAAGCAGUAUGUUACGUAUACAGGGGAGUACGAACCGUAGUCUGGGUGUUAUGCUGCUUUCACGUUCUUCAAAAAUAACUUAACCAUCAAAGUUUUAAUUCUUUUCAGUUGAAUGGUUUUGUAAGAUCUGUUUGCUCUUAAAGAUUCUGACCCGUUCACAGCGUUUAGAGUUUCAUGAAAUGACGAAUUACGGGACAGCAGCAAAAGCGAGUUUUUGCAACCGAUGAGCUCUACCUUAUCGACGGUGGUAUACGUGAUAAUAAGCCCAUCGAUAAGUUGCUAAGGCUCAGACCUGACCGAGGCCAAUGGUUUCAUAACACACAUUAUUUCCUUUUUUUCAUUAUUAAAACUUUAUUAGUUUUCUCUUUACUUUCUCAUCAUGUUUAAAACCGCUUGGCGUUUUUGCGAGCAUUUUUCAUUCAUGUUUAGUUACAUUGACUGCAUAGAGCGCGAAUUAAAACUUGUUUGACAUCGUGUUUUUGAUAAUUUUAUUAUGUUUAUGAAUCAUUGAGAGGUCGUGCGUUGAUUUAAGGAGAGUUAUAUAAUACGCAGAGAAAUAUUAAGAGGCGAGCGAGAUAUUACAGAAUUCAUAAUUAUCUCGCUAAGCACAGAUUGUAAAUAUUUGUGCAUAAAUUCGAUAUUUCAAAAUAAAGCUAAUCGUACUUUUGAAAAUACUUGUAAUUAAAUUGUCUGCAUAAUAUUUAUAAUUUGAGCAAUUCGAAUCAUGGAAGAAUAAUUCCACUUACGUUGUCUGGCUCAUGGGUUCUCCGAGAUAUGAAAAUAAUACUCACCCUCUGAGAAUCAUUAAUACUAGUGAGACACCAGUUGAACGUGGUAAUGUUCGUACUGAUUCAAUUUCAGUGUGAAGUCAAUGAAACUAAAAGUCUUCGGAGACUCGUUAUAUUAAGGAUGAGACUGUUGUGCUGAACGUGCCGAAGCAGUUCCCUGAAAUUGAAAGGGAUUUAAACUGACGACGGUUCUCUGAAAAAAAUCAAAGAACAAACAAGUUUCUUCGAAGAAGUGCACAAAAAUCGAUAGGUCGACAGAGCAGUGGGCGAAAAGAAUAAAAAAACAAAACUUAGUAGGAAUGAACCUGUAAAUAAAUGUUUUCCACGGAAAAAUAUCAACAUACUUCAUUAAAUAAAAGACUUAGAUCGGUCGAAACAGCUGUAACUAGAUUAUGUAAGGUGUGUGCUAUUAUUUGAACAUAAGUUGUGAGAUUUGGGUGACAGUACGUAUGCGUAUAUAUGUAAUAACUCGUGUAAUCUUAUUAAACUGAUGUAGUUUGCAAAAGUGCAAGGAAAAGACAGAGAGGAAAGAAAAAUUUUAAGAACUCUUAAGAGGCCCGCGUUUACUCUGUAAAUGGUGCUCUUAUUUUGAUACAGCCUUAUGUAUAUAUUACUCGACAAAAAUACAAAAAUUAUAAAUCCAACUAGAUUAAAAAAAUGGAAUAAAAAUAAAGUAUGAAACAUAAAAAAAA